CUCCAACAAACUCCACAAAUUAUCUUUUUGCCAAACACCAAAUUGUAUGGCACAUGGUCCUUCCACCUCAAUGGACCCCCUCCCUUAAAAUCUAUGGUAUCCCUUUUCCAUCCCAUAUUCAUUCCUCUUUCUUUCUUUCUUUUAAUGCCUUCAGUUGGGUCCUUUUCUCUCCACGCUCUCACAUCUAACAAAGAACCUUCUCUCACCCACCGCUACAAAACGCCAUAAAAACCACACACAACACCCUUCUUCUAACUUCAAUUCCACAAAACACAAAAACUCUCACCCAUGAUGGAACCACCAAAUAUAACUAAUUGCUGCAAUUCACCCGAAUUUGAGUUCUGGAUGCUCCGAAACCCUUCUUUCCCUCAACCGAAUCUUCUCUCCGCCGACGAACUCUUCGUCGACGGCGUCCUCCUCCCUCUCCAUCUCCUCCCUAACAAACCAGACCCUCCCCAAGCCUCCAACUUUAUAACUCCGAUCCAAGAACCCGACCCGGAACCCGAACCCGAACAUUCGCCGAGCAUAACCGAAUCUACCUCCACCACCGCGCUCUCAUCCUCGAAGCGGUGGAAGGACAUUUUCAAAAAGAGUGAUAAGAAAAACGCAGAGAACAACAACGAAGAAAAAGAGAAAGUGAAGAAGAAAGAGAGAAAAAGUGGAAGCGGAAGCGGAGCGAGUUCCGCCGAAUUGAACAUCAACAUAUGGCCCUUCUCGCGAAGCAGGUCCGCGGGAAAUGCGGGGACCCGACCCAAACUGUUCGCCGGAGCUCCGGUGACCCGGAAGGUGAACAGCGCGCCGUGUUCCCGGAGCAACUCCGCCGGCGAGUCAAAGUCCAGAAAGUGGCCCAGCAGUCCGGGCCGCGCCGGAGUCCACGUGGGCCGGAGCAGCCCGGUCUGGCAGGUUCGCCGGAAGAACUCCAACGAGCCUCCUCAGAAGCCCAAAACUCGCCGGAGCAAAGUUGCUGCCGGCGGAGGAACCGCCAGGGUUUUGAAUCUGAACGUUCCCAUGUGCAUUGGCUACAGACACCACUUGAGCUGCAGAAGCGACGAGAACAGCGCCGUCGGAGUUAGCGGCAGCGCCGCCGCCGUCAUCAACUGUAACAGUAAUAACAAUAAUACUAAUAAUAAUAACAGUGGCGGCAAUGAUGGAGGAAGUGGGGGCAAUAUUUUUAACCUGCGCAACCUCUUCACCAAAAAAUGCGCAGUAACUUCUCACUAGUGUUACUUUUUUUAACUUCUUGUAUAAUUAUUCUUAACUUUUUUUUUGUUGUUGGAGGGUUUAGAUUUUUGUAUACGGAAAGCUACAGUUUCACUUUUUAUUUUGUGACUUUGUAUGUAACCAAAAAGGUAUCUCUUUCUGACUUACAGAGAUUAGGACUUGAAACUAGAUUCGUUCAUGUCAUAGCUCGUAAAUGGUAUCUUUUUCUUUUUUUCCUUUGUGCUCCUCCUCGUGUAAUCUGAACUGCUUUAUCAGAAUGUAUUUAUUGUUUAAUAUUAUAUUAUUAUUUAAGUUCGGUUCGGACUUUCCAUGUGGAA